CGCUCUCCGAUUCUCCCCCAGCUCCUCCCGCGCCCGACCCGGCACCGCCGACCGACUGUUGACAAAAGAAGAAGCCGAGACGGAACGGAGGAGCCCAGAUCCGGCCCGGUUUGAAGACAGCCCCCCCACACAUCCCGUUUUUUUUACUGGACUUCUUUCUCCCUCCGCGAUACCGGGGACGAGCAGGAAGGUGGUGGCGGGGGAGGAGAGCCGGGACUCUGCGGCUUCGACAACACGCCACCGUGAGUCGCAAACUGGCUGCUUUGUGUCCGCGGCGGAUUUCAUUUUAGCCGAGCCAUAUGUAUGUGGGUCGGGUCAUUUCCUCUCCUCCCCACCCUCCCCUGGUGUGAUCUGUUAUCAUAUGACGCCCAUUUCUGUCUUUCGCCCGGAGCAGAUUGUGACAGUUUUUAUUGGGUUUGUGUUGUGUGUGUGUGUGUGUGCGCGCGCGUGUGUGUGUGUGUGUGUCCCGUCUCCUCCGCGCUCCGCCGGAAGGUGUGGCCGAGGUGAUCCGGUUAAUCGAUGGUGGUCGGACCGCAGACCUCAGCGUGAAGUGGACGUCCACCGUUUCCUGAAAACACGCGACCACCCGCAGCUAUUUACCCCGACAAAGCCAGCGGCCGGCAUGAGUCACUCGUUUUGACCCAGCGCGCCGCCGGAGAGAAGAGCGUCCCCCCCCCCCCCCGAGGAGGAGUUAAGCCGGUAAUGGUGUGAGCUGAGACAGCCAGUCAGUCUGGAUCUGACCGGGGACCCGUCCUUCCCCCGGAGCCUCCGCGGCACCAAGCCGCGGCCGGAGCCCUCCAAGAUGGGGAAGUGCGACGGGAGGUGCACGCUGGUGGUGAUAUGUUCACUGCAGCUGGCGGCAGCGCUCCAGAGACAAGUGUUUGAUUUUCUGGGCUAUCAGUGGGCACCCAUCCUGGCCAACUUCCUUCACAUCAUGGCCGUCAUCUUGGGAAUGUUUGGCACUGUGCAGUUUCGCUCCAGAUACCUCAUCUUUUAUGCAGUUUGGCUGGUGCUGUGGGUGGGCUGGAACUCCUUCAUCAUCUGUUUCUACCUGGAAGUAGGACACCUGUCUCAGGACAGGGACUUUCUCAUGACAUUCAACACAUCCCUGCAUCGUUCUUGGUGGAUGGAGCAUGGUCCUGGUUGCCUGGUUACCCCGGUGCUAGACUCCCACAUUGCCCCUGAUGACCACCACGUCAUCACCGUCUCCGGUUGUCUCCUAGACUAUCAGUACAUCGAGGUGUUGAGUUCAGCCUUGCAGGUCCUAUUGGCUCUUUUUGGCUUUGUUUAUGCCUGCUACGUGAGCAAAGUCUUCCAGGAUGACGAGGACAGCUUCGAUUUCAUCGGUGGCUUUGAUUCCUAUGGCUACCAGCCCCCUCAGAAAUCCUCCCAUCUGCAACUGCAGCCUCUCUACACGGCUGGUUAGGUGUUGAUGGCGCCCCCUUCAGGCCAAAUCCUGACAGUGUCACUGGCAAUGGAACCUAGUUGCCCUGACAACACUCACUCUGUGCGUCACAGUCAAAACUGAGGAAUGGAUGGACCCCGUCAAGAGAAAGAUGUGUGUUUGUCUUUGUGUGUGUGUGUGUGUGUGUGUGUGUGUGUGUGUGUGUGUGUGUGUCCAGGAAAGAGAAAGAAAACCCUGAAGAGACUGUAUGGAGCCUCAGGGAUGAACCAGCAUGCCGGUUGAUGAGACUGAGAAGGUGGGGAGGGGAGAUGAUGGGAGGGGAGGGGUGAGCAAUCGAGGAAGAAGAAGGAGAUCUGAGGACACUUCUGUCAAGUCACCGAGGACACUCUUUACCAAACUGCCAGCUCACCACACUCCCACAAGUGUGUGUGUUUAGUGUGCAUGUGUUUGUGAGUGUGUGUGUGUGUGCAUGUGUUUGUGAGUGUGUGUGUGUGUGCGUGUGUGUGUGUGUGUGUGUGUGUGUGUGUGUGUGUUUAACUACACAGGACUAGCUGAUGUUUAGUGGAUGCACCCCGGACUCUAAUGUGUGGUGCCUCUACAUUUUUGGUGGAUGGGGGUGGGGGGGUCACAUAAUAAUGAAGAGGCACAAGCGCCUUCAUAUCGUCAUUUUAGAACGUGGUGAUGUCAUACUAGAGCAGUCUUACAAAUUCCCAGUCCCAAAGCCAUCUGUUCCCGCUCUUAUUCAGUUUCAACACCGUGGCUCAGCUGUCAAGGUCCAGUGAGCUGCUGGGCGUUUGAGGUGAUCCAUUAUCAGUGAGACAUCACUGCUUACAUCAAAUGGCUCUGUAUGAAUUGUAUCUUGUGUACCAUAACAGGUAAUAAUAAAAGGUGUAAAUCCCUGAGAAGAAAAUAUGAGGAUCAUACCCACAGACCAGGCUAAAGGUACUAUCUGUAAUAUUUUGGUUUUCCUGAACCAUUGUGGCUAUUAAAUGUCUGUAGUGGUUGUUGAAUGGUACUGACGGAAACAAAGUAAACAGUUGCCACCCACUUCUCAGAUUUCUGCAUAGGAAACCAUGGGAGCGAGGCCAGCGGAGGUGUUUUUGUUGUUUGAUGCCCUGCCCCCCGACAGACUUGGCUGUCACGUACAGUCAAUAAACUAUACAGCAAUCACUGAACGAUAUCUACGAAGGGGUGUGAGGAAGAUCACAGAUGGCUACCUUUCUAUUUGAAUUUGUCUUGCUUUGCUUUGCUUUACCGUUUAUAUUCACGUCGCUCAAUAAUAGAAGUCAGGAUUCAAGUAGAAUUACUGUAGCACUUUUUAAAGGGUGACUGCUAUAGAUAUGUCAAAAUUAGGAGAAAAAACAGACUCUAGAUGUCAUGCUGUUGAGCAUGGAUGGAGAUGGCUUUGGGAUUGGGUGUUAGUGUGUUCAUGGGGGGACCAAUGGGUAUACUGUGCAUGUAAAUAUAACCAGCCGAUGAUUGUUUUGUUGGUUCCAUUUAGUAUGGGGGUUGUAUUAGGGGGUGGGUGGGGCUGCAACUAGGAGCACACACUUAAAUUUUUCUUCUUACCUCCACUCCUGGAUAUUUUCCUGCUGUACCCUUUUCUGCCCCUAAUUUUCCUUAUCCUACUGGCUACUAGCUAUGUUUCCAUCAACUUUUGUGUGAAUUUUGGCGAUACAAACAGGAGAAGCUAAUUAGAAAUGCCGGAUUUCUGACAAAAAUCCUCAAUAUCUCGAAAUUCUUAUGCUUGCUUGAGGUGAAAAAGCUCAAUAAGACGUGCUGAAAAGCGAAGGAAACUGAAUUUUUUUGUAAUAUCCACACAAAGGAACUGCUGUGAUUACAAUAUUACACCUUUGUCCUUUUCAGCGUUUUUGAUCAGAGAGGAUGCUGUUUUUUGUUUGUUUUAAAAAAAAUCUUUUUCACUUAAAACAAGCUAAUGGAAACAGACCGGACUUGCGCGAGCUUUCAUAUUCGACUUCAGCGAAAAAGUGUGCUUAAAAUUUGCUGAGCAUGUGGAUGGAAACAUGGCUACUAACUACAUCCUCCCUGCCACCUGUCUCAGUCUGAAUGCGCAGAUGAGGGGGACUUUAAAAAGGAAAAAAACACGGUAUCAGCGGGAAAUGUGAAAACAUUGGAGUGGUUCUCGGAGAGGGGGGAAGGAGAAACGAGGGGGAAAUGAA